ACCGCAUCUCUCCCCCCACCCAGGCUCAUCUCUCACUGGCAGCCACCUCUGGGCAACUCAUCCUAGAAAAGAUGAACCCCACCGUCAGCAUUGCUGUCAUCCUGACAGUGCUGCAGGCUGCGCACUGCCAGAUGAUCCGGGACCUGAGCGCCUGCCUGCUGGGCCAGAGCCUGCGUGUGGACUGCCGCUAUGAGAACAAGACCAGCAACCCCCUGACCUACGAAUUCAGCCUCACCAAGGACAACAGGAAGCACAUCAUCCAAAGCACCAUCAACGUUGCCGAGAACGUCUACAGGAACCGAGCUAACGUCACCGUGCACAAGAACCUGGUGUGCCUCUACCUGCACAGCUUCACCACCAGCGAUGAGGGGGUCUACGUGUGCGAGCUGAAGGCCACUAACGACUACACUGGCAACCAGAUAAAGAACAUCACUGUCAUCAAAGACAAACUGGAGAAGUGUGCCGGCUUCAGCCUCUUGAUCCAGAACACUUCGUGGCUCCUGCUGCUCCUCCUCUCCCUGCCUCUCCUGCAAGCUGUGGACUUCGUGUCCCUGUGAAAGGAAAUGCCCCCCCACACCCUCACGGAGCACCCCAGCCUCCCCUGCCAGAGCGCAGCCCUUGGAAAGAGAAGAUUUGGAACACACAAAACCUCUCUCUAUGUUAUCUCUAUAUAGCCGUGUAUCUAACGCUAACCACCGUCCUGUGCUCAGCCCUGCCAUCACGCCCUGCUCUGCUGCAUGGUGGCUCUGCUAGGCAGCAUCGCUGCUCCCAUCGUGCCCUCCCUGCACUCAGGCUGGUGCUGGGGGAUCCGUGCUUCUCCCACCCCUUAGCUUUUGGGGUUCUGUUUGGCCUGGGGAAAUACAGCUGGAUGAGCAGGUAAGGGAGGUGAUGGGAGAGCGUGGGGAGGGGUCCCGGUUCUGUGGCUGCAGCACCGGGUGACCCAGUGACUUCUGUCCAUUGCAGCCAAGCUGGAGCCAGGGGGGGACCAGCCCAUAGCUGUGACGAGAGCAGUGCUGCCAGCCCCACAGCGAGGCCUGCGGAGCCUCUCUGAGCUAGGCACAGCACCGAGCCCCCAGGGGAGUGAGCCUGGUUGGGGAGGGGGCUCCUCUGCAGCACCCCUCGGUUUUAUUUGGGGAACAUCUGGGGAACAUCUGGGCUCCCCAUCCUUCCCCAUGGCAUGCAUCCCUGUCCUCCAACCCCAUCGGACCGCUGGGAGGAGCCCGUGUGCCCCCCUCCUGCCUCCCCGCUCCCUUUCAGCAUCUCCCUGUCUCUAUUUAGGGGUAGAAAAAGGUGGUUAAGGCCAUCCUCGGUCAAGCUAAGAUGUUUCCCAGCAGUCAGCGAGAGUGGGGAGAGGGACCCCAGCCUGUCCCCAUGUGCCACGGGACCCCAGGAGACAGUGGACCUGGAAUGAGCAGAAAGCUCUCCUAGGAAAGGGCACAGGGUAGGAGGAGGUGCUGGCAAGAGCAUCAGCUCUGCGGAACGAACCCCACACAGAUCUCCUUGUGCAGCGUCUGACAGCUGAGAGCAAUUCCCAGCAGCCGGUCCCCACUCUUUGCUUUUCUCCGGCCACCAAAAGCUGCCUCCCACCCCACCGCCUCCCACCCCAAUGCCUUUCCCUGCCCAUUCCUGCCUGCUUGCUUGCUGUCUAGUGCUGCCCAGGCUGUGCGUGGCCAGGGCAGGGCAGAGCCCGGCCAACCGCGCGGACGCGUCUCCAAGUCUCAUUUUUUGUGAACAUUUGUAGUUGUUUCCACAGCUUGUCGUCAAAGAAAUUCUGUUCAAGG